AUGACGGUCUCUUCUUCUCAAGCUGGCAAGCCCGUCAACGACGAGGCGACCGAAUCUACGCCCUUGCUGAGGGAUGACUCCCCGCGCCUCCAAUACUCUGGCAAGGCUAGCGACUACACCCCAGCCGAAGCAUCUUCCUCCUCUUCUACGGAGUUCUCUGACGACGAGGACCCUGCCCUCCUUGGCCUGUCCAAAGUCAGCUCAAUCCCUCAAGCACCCGAAGUAGACACUGGACUCGAACGGGUUCUUUCCGCUCAGACGCACAGCAAGACUAUACAAGAUUCAGAAUCCGGGGGCGCGCAAAGUGAGGCUACUGGAUAUGCCGCCCGAUUUAUCAACGUUUCCCCUACCAGAUUCUGGCUCAUCUUUGGUGGUGUGCAGUUGGGAUAUGUGAUUGGAUUCUUCGAUUCCACCUUGAUGGCAUCCAGCCAUCCAGUCAUUACUUCCCAUUUCCAUGCAUCGAACUCGGCUUCCUGGCUAUCAACCGCUUUCCUAUUGACAUCGACUGCAUUUCUUCCUCUUUUCGGGCGCGUUUCAGACACUUUUGGACGAAAGCCUGUGUACUUGUUUGCCAUUGCCGUGUUUUUCCUUACCACCGCAUGGUGUGCUAUGGCGCAAAGCAUAGGGAGCUUUAUCGCAGCGCGCGCAUUUUGUGGCCUCGGAGCCGGGGGUGUCUUCUCCAUGGGUAUGAUUCUAUCCAGUGAUCUCGUCCGCAUUGAGUAUCGUGGUAUCUACCAAUCUUACAUCAACCUCUGCCUUGGAUUAGGUGGCUGUCUCGGUCUGGCAUUUGGGGGAUACCUGUGUGAUCAAGUGGGCUGGAGAGGUGCGUUCUUCGUACAACUGCCCUUCAUCUUCGUUUACUUCCUAGUUGCCGCCUGGACAGUACCUUCCGGUCUCGGAUUGAAGAACCAGGGAACGGACAGAAUGACCUUCUUGCAGCUACUCAAGAGUAUCGACCUCGUGGGUUCUGCUCUCUUGGUUCUUACUGUGACUGCGUUGAUCAUGGGUCUCAAUCUCGGCGGUAACGUCUAUAGCUGGACUCAUCCUCUCGUGAUCUCGUCUCUAGUUGCCUCCGUCGUCCUGGCAGCGAUCUUCGUCCCAUAUGAAAAACGAGUGGAACGAGCAGUGAUGCCCAUUACCUUCCUCACCAAGAACCCCCGUGCUGUUCUUGUCUUUGGAAACUUCUUUGGGUCUAUCGCUGUUAACACCAUGAUCUUCAAUGCCCCGCUAUAUUUCCAGGCAGUCAAACUCGCGAGUCCCACCGAUUCAGGUCUCCGACUAGUCGCGUCUACACUGGCUGUGACUUGCUCUAGUGUUGCGACUGGGUUCUUGAUUACCUGGUCGAAGCGCUUGAAGCCAACCAUCAUGAUCGGCGACGUAUUUCUGCUUCUAGGAGGGUUGGCCGCGGCCACAAUGGGUGUCAAUACCCCUGACAUCGUGGCCAUGAUCUGUGUCUCUCUCGCGAGUCUCGGUCAAGGGUUUGCUUUCCCCUCGCUGAUGGUAUCUGUCCUUGCGACAAGUGAAACAGACGAACAGGCCGUGGCCACGACAACACUAGGUCUCUUCAGAAAUCUAGGAUCUGUCAUGGGCGUGGCGACGAGUAGCUGGAUCUUCCAGAACACUCUUGUCUACCAGCUUGAGGAGAAAGUCACGCAGCCGGACAAGGAAGCUGUCAUUCAGCUUGUUCGCAGGUCCGUCCAAGCUAUUGCGGAGCUUGAUCCUCUCCACCAGAGCCAAGUGAUUGAUUCGUAUGCCGGAGCUCUCCGCUUGACGUUUGCAUCGGCGGCUGUAUUCGCAGGUCUUAUGCUUGCCCUUCACGUUGGAGUUCGGCUUCCUCGCCUGGGACGCAAAGCAUGA